AACAUCAAUUAUUGGAAACCCCAUACACAAAGACACAUAGAUAUAGAUAUAGGCAUUAGAAUGGCACCAUAACCACCAUAACCACCAUAACAACUUGUUGUUCAUCAGCACCUCCCAAUUCCCAGAAACUCAUUAAAUAACUCCGGUGAUAGUGACUAAGACACUUUCCUCAAACAGGUAUUCUUCCCAGCGGUUCCACAAUUAAUGCAAUGCUUCAAAUCCUAUCCAUUACUCUCUCUUCACUAUUCACUAUUCACUUCCACUCCUAAACUGGCAGAUACCUCCAUUUACUGUUUCCUUUCCUCACAACCCCACUUUCCAAAAUCUUUUCUUUCUUUCAAGUAUUCAACACUACUAGACUAUACAUCAAUCUUCAAAUCUUGGAGAUUACAAGACAGAACAGAGCAGAAUCACCAGAGCUUGUAAUUGGAGGUGCAGAAUCAGUAGCAGAGAUUUUGAUUGGAGCCAAACACACAAAAUCCAAUUUUUGUGUCAAAUUCCAAUAUUUCUAAAUCAACUAAAACAGUUAAACUCAUGCAUACACAUGAAGCUUCGGAGAAACAGAGAAAAAAACAGAGAAGCAUAACAUGAAGAACAGCACCAAUUGCAGAACCUUUAGAGCUUCGAAUUGAAGAGAAACAGAGCAAAGAACAACAUGAAGGUGAAGAAGUUAAAGAGUUCCUCUGUUUUUUCAGCUACAGUAGUUUUUAGCGUUAUGUCCCUGUUCUUCUUCGUUGAGUUCAGUUCUGCUUUGAGUUCAAGCACUGAAAAGUUGAGUUCAAGAACCGAAUGGUUAUCGUUGCUUCAACUUCGAUCUUCAUUGGGUAUAAGAGCAAAAAACUGGCCAAGAAAAACCGAACCGUGCCGGAACUGGACCGGGAUUCAUUGCAAAACGGGUUCAGUUAUCGGAAUCAACAUUUCCGGUUUCAGAAGAACACAUAAAGCUAGUCUUCACCCAAGUUUCUCAGUUGAUGCACUUGCCAAUUUUACCCGUUUAGCUUCCUUCAAUGCUUCAGGUUUUGUGCUUAAUGGUUCUAUUCCUGAGUGGUUUGGUGACAAAAGCAAUAACAACUACCUUGGUGCACUCCAGGUGCUUGAUUUAAGUUCUUGCUCAAUAACUGGCUCUAUUCCUGAGUCAAUUGGUGGUUUGAUUUUGUUGAAGUCUGUGUUACUUUCUGGGAAUAGCUUAACUGGUAGAAUGCCUUCAGGUUUGGGAAUGUUGUCUAAUUUAUCUGUGCUUGAUCUCUCAGGAAAUGAACUUUCUGGGUCUAUUCCUGAUUCAUUGUUUUCACUUGGUAACCUCACAAGUCUUAAUCUUUCUUCCAAUUACUUAUCUGGGAAUGUUCCGAAUCAACUUAGUAACCUUUCAGGGCUUGAAACUUUGGACCUUUCCAACAAUGCACUAACUGGUAAUGUGCCUAGUGUCUUGUUUUCUCGCCUUUCGAAACUUCGAGUUCUCAAUUUGAGUGGUAACUUUAUUGAUGGUGAUCUUCCUGAUACUUUGUGGUCAUUACCGAGCUUGCGUUUCGUUGAUGUGUCCAACAACAACCUUACCGGUCCUCUACCGAAGUUUUUCGGUUCAAAUACUAGUUCUACUGAUGCCACAUUCAAUCUCUCAAACAACUUAUUCUUUGGAACUCUAAAUAUUUCGGCUAAGAAGUUUAGAAUGAUUGAUCUGUCUGGUAAUUAUUUGGAAGGCGAGGUGCAAGGUGUUAGUCUUAGUAAUGUUAGUUUAGCUAGGAAUUGCCUGGAGGAUGUUCCAAAUCAGAGGGAUGUUAGUGUUUGUAGAGUGUUUUAUGAGAAGAGAAAUUUACCCUUUCCAUCAAAUUCGACAAUGGAAAAAUCUUCCAGAAAGAAACUGAUAUUCAUACUGGUAGGUGUAUUUGGUGGACUUGGCUUUAUUUUGCUUCUGGCAUUGGUCCUCAUACUGUUCUUAAAACUAUGUGGCAAUCAUAAAAGCUUGGAAGUUCAAAGGGGAACCGAAAGUGGAGGGCCUGUUCCAGUAGGGGAGAGUCCUGUGCCGCCUAAAGACCUUGCAUUCCACAUUGCUGUCGGGGAAUCAUUUACUUAUGAGCAAAUUCUCAAGUUGACUGGUAAUUUUGCUGAAGAAAAUGUCAUCAAGCAUGGUCAUUCUGGAGACCUCUUCUGGGGAGUAAUGGAAAAUGGAGCUACUGUUGUCAUCAAAAAGGUAGAUUUGAGUUUGUUCAAGAGAGAAUCAUAUGUUGUGGAGUUGGAAUUAUUAAGCAAGGUUUCACAUGCAAGAUUGAUCCCAAUCUUGGGACAUUGCUUGGAGAAUGACAAUGAGAAAUGUAUAGUUUACAAGUAUAUGCCAAAUGGAGAUUUGGCAAGUUCUUUGCAGAGAGUCACCGAUGCAGAUGGUAAAUCGAAGUCCCUUGAUUGGAUCACGAGAUUGAAAAUCGCUACAGGAGCUGCCGAAGGCCUUGCUUAUCUACAUGAUUGCAGCCCUCCCCUCGCUCACAGAGAUGUUCAAGCUAGCAGCAUACUUCUUGAUGAUAAAUUUGAGGUGCGACUUGGAAGUUUGAGUGAGGUUACCACCCAAGGAGAUGUCCAUCCUGGUGUCAUGAACAGGCUGUUCAGCAAGCCAUCAUCUUCUAAUCAACCAAAUUUUGGCACAUCAUCAGUAACUUGGGCAGGUGAUGUAUAUGGUUUUGGUAAGAUUUUGCUCGAGCUUUUUUACAAGGACCCAAAGGGUGGGUUGGAAGUUUAG